CGUCAUCAUCGGGCUCCGGCCAUUCCGUGCUUCAAAUAUACCUCCAUUCGCCUAUCCUUUUCUUUCGCCGGCUUAUAAUUCCGGUCUUUCUCUCUUCCUCCUUCUUAAUUCCUAUCGUUGGUGAUCUAUCCCCUUGACAGCAACAGCUCCUGGUUUACCACCCCUUGUUAGCCCACGACACACAAGUCUAUCGUUACAGCAAACCCGCUGAAUAAUUCACCAUGGGUAUGAGAGGGAUUCAGCUCGGCCUGCGGCUGUGGCAGUUCAUUUGGACCUUGCUCGUCAUGGCCCUCAUUGGUAACAUGCUGAACGAAUCCUUCGCGGGAGACCCCGCGACGGUCAACUACUGCAUGUUCGUGUCGGCGUGGUCGAUGUUCACGCUAUUCUACCUGGUCCCGGCGUCAUUCAAUCUUGACUGGGCUUUGUCGCCUAUCCUCAUGGUCGCGAUUGAUUUGCUCAACGCGCUCUUCUUCCUUACAGCGGGUAUUGCAUUGGCAUCUCGGCUGGAAGCUCACAGCUGCAGCAACGAAGAAUACACCCUCCACAACGAGAUCACCAAUGGCUCCUACAGCCGUCAGAAGCGCUGCCGUGAGGCCCAGGCCUCUACUGCAUUCCUGUGGUUCGCAUGGGCUGGAUAUACUGCCUCCUUCAUCAUGUCGUUCCUCAUGGCCCGUCGGUCCAACGUCAACAUGCGCGGCCGCACUGGCCCUGCCCGCGGCAGCGUUGGCCGCCCCAGCAUGGCCCAGGUGUAAAUUUGGUAUCGUCCAGAUAAAUUGCUCAGAAUAUAGCACAAUUCCUCCUGCACAGAGAUUCUGAGAACAGGAAUGCAGAAUGCACCUAGUGGAUAGCGUUGCAAGAAGAGUUACGAUACCAAGUUUAAUUAAUCGUGUUCGGCGUCACGGUUGGGGAUCAUAUGCACUCCCCUCCUUAAUAUUUACGCCUAUUGUUUGGGGUUUAUGCCAAGUAUAAUAGCCAACCCUCUCGGUGGCUUAUUGGGUCUUAUUGGAUAAUUAAUAAUUUUGAUGUGGGAGUUUAGGAGGUAGCCUGGUUUGGGCGUCAAAAUACACAUGGGAUGAUGGUGUCGACAAGGUUCGACAGGGAAGGGAUAGGUGGUCAAUGGAUGAGUUGUGAUCUGUUUUUUUUUCUUUUGCUGAAUCACGUUGAACAUUGUGUAAUACUAGGUAAAUCGAGGAGGUUCGCGAUCUUUGCUUGUUCUGUGAUCUGUCAUAUCACAAAGCCCGAAUAUAUUUGCCUGAGGUAUUGAUUGAAAAGUGCAACUAAGGACUAG